GUCUUAAAGAGCCUUUGGCAGCAGAAUUAUCUGCAAAUCAGACCAUGUGAGAGGGGUUUGGUGUACAAAAGCUGCUCUGGAUACAGAUCCCUGCACUUUAACAGCUGGAAUCCCACCGGGCAGGUGAUGAGAGACUGAGGAAUUCCCAUUCUAGAAUACUCUGAUACCUUCAAGGUAUUGCCUACUCCAAACUAAACAGAACUGGAUGAACUGGAUUAAGAACAUUAUUCACCUUAGAUUCACUGCCUUCAGACAAAGGAUAUCCGUGAAGUGCAAAUGGGCCUCCGUCACAACUCUACAUAACUAAACGGAAGGAUGGAACGGAAACCAGCCUGCAAUGAGAGCCCAUCCUUGGGCUCUGAAAAGGAGCCCUUGACUUGUAGGACCCGCUCAGAAUGCAAAAAGGACGGGCAGCUGCUGAGGAACUGCAAGCCUUCGUUACGUCUAUCUGAAGAGCUCAAUAAAGUUCAUCCUAGUCCGGGGGAAAGAGCCGAGCUUGGGCCAUUGCCCAACAAAUACUUAGCAGUUCAGAGUCCCGAAGCCCCCUGCAAUGGUACCCGAAAUGGUGUGGAUGAAAGUUCAACCCAAACGCUCACUGUCAUCCCAUCAUGCAGGGCUGAGGUGCAGCAUUUGCAGGCAGAGGUAUGGGAGAGAGAAACUUGGAGUAAAAAAAUAGACUUCCUUCUUUCGGUUAUUGGCUAUGCAGUGGACCUGGGAAACGUUUGGAGGUUUCCUUACAUCUGUUACCAAAAUGGAGGAGGAGCCUUUCUUAUCCCAUAUGUGAUCAUGGCAGUCUUUGGUGGGAUUCCUCUAUUUUAUAUGGAACUGGCUUUGGGUCAGUACCACAGGAGUGGCUGUAUAUCUAUAUGGAGGAAAAUCUGCCCUUUAUUUAAAGGAAUCGGCUAUGCUAUCUGCAUAAUAGCCUUCUAUGUAGCAUCUUACUACAACACCAUCAUAGCCUGGGCACUCUACUACCUCAUGUUCUCCUUUCGGGGUGAACUACCCUGGACAAGCUGCCAAAACGAAUGGAACACUAAAAACUGCACAAAUUACUUUCAGAACAGCAGCGUCACGUGGUUCAACAACUCCAUCUCCCCAGCAGAGGAGUUUUACACCCGGCUAGUGCUGCAGAUUCAUAAGUCAAAAGGUCUACAGGAACUUGGUGGAAUCAGCUGGCAGUUGACUCUCUGCCUGCUUUUCAUCUUCACUGUUGUUUAUUUCAGCAUAUGGAAAGGAGUUAAGACAUCUGGAAAGGUGGUGUGGGUUACGGCUACUUUUCCUUACAUUGUACUCACCCUUCUCUUAAUUCGAGGGGCCACACUCCCCGGUGCCUGGAGGGGGGUAAUUUUCUACCUGCAACCAAAAUGGGACAAGCUUCUAACCACUCAGGUCUGGGUUGAUGCAGCUGCUCAGAUAUUUUUUUCACUUGGCCCAGGAUUUGGUGUGUUACUUGCCUUCGCCAGCUACAAUAAGUUUCACAACAACUGCUACCAGGACGCUCUUGUGACCAGUACAGUAAACUGCAUGACCAGCUUCAUGUCAGGAUUUGUCAUAUUUACUGUCUUGGGAUAUAUGGCUGAAAUGAGGAAUCUUGAGGUCUCUGAAGUGGCCAAAGACACAGGACCCAGCCUUCUAUUCAUCACCUAUGCAGAGGCCAUUGCGAAUAUGCCAGCUUCCACGUUCUUUGCCGUUAUAUUCUUCUUGAUGUUAAUCACUUUAGGUCUGGAUAGCACAUUUGCAGGUUUGGAAGGGGUCAUAACUGCAGUGUUGGACGAAUUCCCACAUGUAUGGGGGAAGCGUAGGGAGCUCUUCGUCUUUCUUCUGAUCGCCGUCUGCUUCCUUGGGUCACUGUCAACCCUAACAUUUGGAGGAGCUUAUAUGGUUAAGUUGUUUGAGGAGUAUGCCACAGGUCCCGCCGUACUUACUGUGGUAUUCUUGGAGGCAAUAGCUGUGUCUUGGUUUUAUGGUAUUAACCAGUUCUGCCGCAAUGUAAAGGAGAUGCUUGGUUUUACUCCUGGCUGGUUCUGGAGGAUAUGCUGGGUGGCUAUAUGUCCUUUAUUUCUUCUGUUCAUCAUUUGUAGCUUCAUGUCUAGUCCACCUGAUCUCCGCCUUUUUAAUUACAAAUAUCCGAACUGGACUGUUGUGCUGGGCUACAGUAUUGGGACCUCCUCAUUCAUCUGUGUUCCGGUGUACAUGGUUUAUCGGCUGGCCAGCACGCCAGGCUCAUUAAAAGAGCGCUUUAUUAAGAGCAUCACUCCAGAGACAGCUACAGAAAUCCCCAUGGGUGCAAUUCACAUGAAUGCUGUGUAAACUGGAAGCCUAAAUCUUGUCCUUUCCCAAUUACAAACUUUACACACCCCAUUCUGUGCCUAAGGAAAACUCUUUGAAACCUCAGACUUGCUACAGUUCAUCCACCUCCAACUGCUGAAGAAUUACUCCUGGAAUUAAAGAGUUCUUCAGGGGCUGAACUCCAAAGAGGAGAUUCUUGCAACAUAUUUUGGGGUCUGCAUAAUAACUUUACAAUGGAACCGAACUAAGGAAAGGUGAAUUGCAUGCGUGUUUGUUGAGGAUAAUAAAAUUAGUUACUGGUGGUGAGAGAAGACAUUUGGUGAAAGACAAGUACCUGCAGACAUUAUCACCAUCGUCUCUUUGUAUUUAACUGUAAUAAGAUAUAUAUCAUUUGUGCAUCAAGAAAUCCUUUAUUGGAAAUACUGUUCCAUACAGGGUCCUAUUCGAUAACCUCUCUGCAUAAUUGAUCAUGCUUGAAAUUGUUAUCCAUGUUGUCCCCAUGUUUAAUGACUGCAUCCCAUAGUUUGGAAGGUAGCAGAGCAAAGAGAUAAACGGUUAUCAAAGAGACAGAGUUAUAUUAACCAAAAGUAUUGACUUACGGACUGUUGACUAUGGAAUUCUGUGUUGAGGCGCUUUGGUUUGCUGAUUAGUAAUAACAUGUAUGAUGUGGUAGUGUCAGCACAGAUUCUGUAUAAGUGGAAUACAGGUGCUGAGGUGGCCUACACAAGCUCAGGCUUUGAGGGUACAUUCUUUAACUUCUGAACCAUUGAUAGGCUAUGUGUAAUUAUGAAUAUAAAAAAUACACUAUGUGUGUGUCAGGCCUGAUCCGGACUUCAUAGCUAGCAGAAUUUUACUGUAAGUUUACAUCUUUGAUGGGAAGUUCUGUAAGUUACUGGGUGACCCCGGACAAUGGGGGGAAACCACAAAUGUCACAAUAAGGAAACCAAUUCCAUUGUUUUCCAUCUUCCAUUCCAGGAUAUGUAAACAUUUUGCUAAGUGUUAGCUCUUCAUCAUCUUCUAGAUAAGGAAAUAUCACUAAAAGAAGUUCAUGUUGCUGUGUACGUUCAGUUUUCUAAAUGGUUACCGACAAAGAGGGAACAGCCUUCAAUCUACCAUAGUCGCAAUAUUUUAAUAGGAAAGGCAUAGACUACAACUUCUAAACCUGUGUGUAAAACUUUUAGAUGUGCCUCAGUUUAAGAACAUACUAUUUAUAUUUUUGCAGAGUCAGGGACACAACUAAAAUACACAUAGAAAUUGCUUCUACUCUUCUGUUGUCCGUCAAACUUAGUGAUGACCAAAUUGUUCUACAAUUAAAAAUAAUAUAAAAAAUAAAAUAAAAAAUAAGAGUGUGCUUAACAGCUUUAGUGUCAUUGCUGACAGUAAUGAUAAACAGGUCUACAACCCGUCAGGCAGCUCAUGAGCUGAAUGUAAGACAAGAAAUGAAAGCUCAACAUGUGCAGUAAAUAGUGUGUAUAUGGUUGAAAUAUUUGGACUAUUCUAAAACCUGCAGGACUUGUUGAAAACUGUGACUACUACUGAGGUCAAUAAAAUAAGCAUCUUAGAGUUUGGUAAUAGCAAAAUCUAUUCCCAGAUCAUCCUUGAAAUCAGGACAUAAUGCAGAGGUUUACUGCAUUCUCACGAUAAAACCACUUUUUCAAAGUUAUCUGCAAUUAGUAAUUUGUCGUCCAGAUUCUUCCAAUGCAAUUACAAGUUCUGGAUGGCUUAACCUGCUUGCAAUAAGAGAGUUUCUUUUUAUUACAAAUGAUAUAUGUAUACAGUAUUUUAUAUUUUAACAAUAUUAAAAGGACAGCCGCAUUCUAAAACUGCUACACCAACACAAGGAAAAGCAGUAUACAAACAGUUAUAUUGACGACGACAAUAUUUUUCUAUGGAUAGUUAAAGUAGUAGGAUUACAUGAGAUUAGUGCCAUAUAUGAAUAAU